AUGGUUGACGGGGAAAACAACAAAGCUACCGUCGAUACGGUGCAGGUUGCGCUAAGAAUUAGGCCUUUGAUGCGGACGGAGAUUGAAAGAGGGUGUGAUGAGUGCAUUGAGGUAGUGCCUGGGGAACAGCAAGUGCAGAUUAAAGACCUAGCCUUCACAUACAACUAUGUGUUCCCUCAGCAUAUCACACAACAGGAAUUCUAUGAUACGGCUGUUAAAGGUCUUAUUGGCAAAUUAUUCCAAGGAUAUAAUGUUACAAUACUUGCCUACGGACAAACUGGAUCUGGUAAAACAUACACAAUGGGUACUAACUACUCAGGAUCUGAUGGUGACUUUACUAGAUUAGGUGUAAUUCCUCAAGCCGUUGCUGAUAUAUUUGAUUUCAUAGAGACACAUGAAGACAAAUUCAUAUUUAAAGUGACUGUUUCCUUUAUGGAACUAUAUCAAGAGCAAUGUUACGAUUUACUAUCGGGGAAGGAGAGGGGUCAUAGUAUUAUAGAAAUUAGAGAGGAUAUCAACAAAGGAGUUAUUCUACCAGGCAUAUCAGAGCUUGCAGUAUCUUCAACAAUGGAAACAAUGUCAGUUUUAGAGCGUGGUUCAGCGGGACGUGUGACUGGCUCCACGGCUAUGAAUCAGGCCUCUAGCAGGAGUCAUGCUGUCUUCACUAUUGUCAUUGCUAAAGAAAGCAGGAGUGAUAAAAACAUAGCCACAACAUCAAAGUUCCACCUUGUGGAUUUGGCUGGUUCAGAACGCAUUAAAAAGACAAAGGCUAGUGGCGAGCGUCUGAAGGAAGGUGUCAAGAUCAACCAAGGGUUACUUGCACUCGGAAAUGUCAUAUCUGCUCUUGGAGAUGGAACCAAUAGAAGUUUUAUUAGUUAUAGAGAUAGCAAGCUUACAAGAUUAUUGCAGGACAGUCUCGGUGGUAACUCCCUGACACUGAUGGUCGCGUGUGUCAGUCCAGCUGACUACAAUCUGGAUGAAACGGUAUCAACGUUACGAUAUGCGGACCGUGCGAGGCGUAUUCGUAACAAACCUAUUAUUAAUCAAGAUGCGAAAGCUGCUGAGAUCGUCAGGUUAAACAACUUAGUAAAUGAACUCAGACUUCAAUUAGUCGGAAAGCUUCCAACAAUUAGUGAACAAAACAAUGAACAACUUCAAGAACAACUAGACAAAGAAAAGGCAAGAUAUGCAGAACUUCUCAAAAAACAUAAACAAGUUACAGAACAUCUUAGCAAUAUGUUGGUAGAAAAUACGAAUUUGUGUGAAAAAGCUCUUUUAGCGGAAGCAGCAAAAGAAAAAAUAGAACGUAAAUUGAACGAAUUGACAGAACAAUGUAAUCAGACAAUAGAAAAUAUAAACACGACAGACUUCUCACAAGAUGAAGGACAGAAAACAACAGUUGUUGAUUAUCUUAAAGAAAUUAAGACGAGAUUAGAAGAUUUGCAGUCUGUGAACUUGAAAACAAAUGAAGAAUUGAUAGAUCAUGAAAUUAAAUUGUCCUUUGUCAAAGAAGAUGUUGAUGGAGAAAAGGUUGAUGAGGAGGUGUUAUUAACUGAGGAUCAAGCAGUUUUGGAAGAAGAAAAGAGAGCCAUGGGACAGGUGGCACUAAACCAAGAAUUACAAGAACUGAACCGCGCUAUGGCUAUCAAGGCGUCAGUAGUCCAAGCUAUACUGGCUAAUAACAAGGAGAUGUUAGACAGCCAUCACAAUCUACGAGAGAACGAGGAGAAGAUAUCUCAGCUGGAAAAAGAGAGGGACGAGCUUUUGCAACAGUUGAAACAGACUAAGUCUAAAGAUCCGUCACACGAAGAGCGGCGUACAAAGGUAUCAACAUUAGAGUCUGAGAUAUCAGAAUUGAAGAAAAAAUGUCAGCAUCAGGCCAAUAUUAUCAAGACGAAGGAAAAGAACGAAGCCAAGAUAGCUGCUUUGAAUGCCGAGUUACAAGCAAUGAAGGCUACUAAGGUGAAAAUAAUCCGUCAAAUGCGUGAGGAAAGCGAGAAGUUCCGUAAGUGGAAGCUGGACAACGAGCGCGCGCUGCUGCGCCUGCGCAACGAGGACCGCAAGCGAGCCACGGCCAUGGCGCGCAUGGAGUCGCUGCACGCCAAGCAGCAGAACGUGCUCAAGCGCAAGAUGGAGGAGGCCGUCGCCGUCAACAAGCGGCUCAAGGAGGCCCUAGAUCGUCAAAAGCAAACGGCCAUGAAGCGUAACGCGAAGGGCAGCGUGAAAGCGGGAGCAGUGCAGCAGUACAUUGAACAAGAACUUGAAGUGCAUCUCAGCAUCGUAGAGGCAGAGAAGUCGCUGGAAGAACUUAUGGAAUACAGAGCCUGGAUAAUAGAACAAAUAGAGAGCCUCCGCAACAGCACCGAUGAUGAAAACAACAGAAAGAAGAUUGCAGAGCUUGAAGAUGACUUGGCUCUCAGAAAGGCACAGAUAUCUGACUUACAACAGAAGAUAUUGACUGCUGAUCAAGAAAACAAAUCCCGAACACAAUGGGAUAACAUACAGUCGAUGCUUGAAGCUAAGGUCGCUCUGAAAUGUCUCUUCGAGCUCUUAGUAGACUCUAAGAGGGAACUACAGAAUCAAAGUGAAAAGGGCUUCCAAGCGAGAUACGAGGAAGUCAAAGAAGCAUAUGAUAGGCUAAUGGUUGAAUUUGAAAACAAUAAAUCUGAGUUUGAACAGCAAAUUGCUGCUGUUAAGUUGCAAAAUGAACAAAAGUUGAGUGCGUUAGUAGCUCUUCAAAGAGGUGUCGUCGGUAGAGGUGAUAGAAGCGAAGCGUGCAAACACUUGCAAAAUGUGAUACAAUACCAACAAGAUAGAUUAGAACAAGUUGAACAAGAAAAUAAAAAAUUAGCCGACGAAUUAGAAGAGUUACGGAAUGCCGGUAAAAAGGCAAAGAAACGGUCCAAGAAGGAAAAUAACGUAGAUACUGUUAAAAAGAUAGAAUACGUAGAACCUACUGAUGAAGAAGAUGACGAGUUUGAAGACAGAGAUAAGGAUCCAGAUUGGAGAGCUACUCCGCUAUUUAAGCGUAUACAGGCGCAACGAUCCCGUCUGACGAUGAACUUCUCGACGGAGGCGGCGGACGCGAGUGCGCGCGCCGCCAAGCGCGGCAGCGACGGCGCGCCGCACUGCACGUGCCGCGGCAGCUGCUCCACCAAGAUGUGCGGCUGCGUCAAGGCCGAGCUCGGCUGCGGCGCCGCCUGCCGCUGCCAGCGCGCGCUCUGCCGCAACCGCCGCCUGUCCUCCGACAGCGACGACAAGGAGAACAACCCUUCCAGUACUGAAUACUCAUUAGAUACGACGCCACAAUCAUCCUACUUUGAUAAACGUUUUGAAACGUCACAGGAAUUGGACAAAAUCGCAGAUAAAUUAACCGAUACUAAAAUAAAAACUGAUAAUAAUCAAACUCCAAGACGAAUUCCGCGUACUUUGCGUCCAAUGUCAGAGAGAAUGCCACAGACAAAGAGUCGAACACACAAAUGGAUGUUAGCACUAUUAUUAUACAACACUUGCGUCGCUCCUAUGUCUUCAUAUUGUGCAAACAGCAUAUUUCAAUACGGAAUCGAUGUAGCCAAGUAUAAUGUGAUGUCUAACAUCUUCAAAUAUUUACUAAAAGAGAGAUCACCUUGACGCUACAUAUGUAAAGAAGAAGAAAAGCUAUUUUUUUCCACAAGAUGCGGCAAAUGGCGACGUCAAAAAUAACCAA